CUCAAACUCUCUUCCUCGUUCGGCCCCGCUAUGACGGGCAAAAAACGCAAAUCUGACGGCGCCAUUACCUCAAAACGACCUGCCAAACAACCUCGCCGCACUCUAGACUCAUAUUUUUCCCCCCAAGUGCUCGCCCCUGCCAGUUCCGUCGACGAUGACGACCGCAAGAUGGUUUCGCUGAACUAUGAGCAGACUGCCAUCUUGAGACAGGUGGUAGACGACGGAGAGAAUGUCUUUUUCACGGGAAGUGCGGGGACGGGGAAAUCACUCCUACUACGCGCCAUUAUCAAAGCCCUCAAGAACAAACAUGGAAAGUCAGACGUGGUAUCUGUGACCGCGAGCACAGGCAUGGCUGCCUCGAAUAUUGGAGGAAUGACCAUUCAUGCAUGGGGAGCGGUGGCACCCACUCAAACAGAAUUUGAAUUCCAAGUCAGCUGCAUACGCAAGUGCAGGCCUGCGCUGCAGAGAUGGCAGAAGACCAAGGUACUCGUUAUUGACGAAGUGUCUAUGGUGGAUGGCCCACUCUUUUCUCGUAUUUGUCAACUUGCUCAGCAUCUACGGAAGAACAAUUCGCCUUUUGGGGGCAUCCAACUGGUAGUAACCGGCGAUUUCUUCCAGUUGCCACCAGUGGCAAAACAAGGCGAAGCGGUAUUUGCAUUUGAAUCUGCGGAGUGGAAACGCUGCAUACGGCAUACGAUAUUACUGUCCGAAGUAUUCAGGCAAAAAGACAACGAAUUUGCUGCUCUUCUCAACGAACUUCGUCUGGGAAAUAUCCCUCCCACCGCUGUUUCUGUAUUUCAGUCUCUAGCACGUCCCCUUCCACCAGAUCCGAGUGUUUUCGAGAAGGGCCAAUCUUAUGUUGCGCUGUCUCGAGCUGCUUCGAUGACUGGGCUUCAAGUCCUGAACUUUAACGCUCACAAGGUUCAAGCACACCCUAAGGUGGUUGAAUGGAGCAAGACAUUGCAAACCUAUCAACCGUCAUGA